AUGGCUGCUGCGCUGGGGAGCGCGCGACGGCUGCACGAACCGGCGAAGAAGAAGAAGACGAGUGCGGUGGCCACCGGGCGGCACGAGAACAUCUACACGCUGCCCAACCUGCUGACGGUGUCGCGGCUGGUGGCGGCGCCGCUGGUGGGCUACAGCAUCCUGCACGCGCACCACGGGCUGGCGCUGGCGCUGUUCGUGUACGCGGGCGUCACCGACCUGGUGGACGGCUACAUCGCGCGCCGCUUUGGCCUGCAGACCGUCGUCGGCACCAUCCUCGAUCCCAUGGCCGACAAGGCCCUGAUGACCGUCGGCGUCGUGUGCCUGGCGCUGGAGUCGGCCAUCCCGCUCUGGCUCGCCGGCUGCAUCCUCGCGCGCGACGUCGGCCUCGCGCUGGCCGCCGUGUACUACCGCUGGAUCUCGCUGCCGCCGCCCAAGACCAUGGCGCGCUACUGGGACUUCUCGCUGCCCUCCGCCGAGGUCAAGCCCACGCAGAUCUCCAAGAUCAACACCGCGCUGCAGCUGCUGCUUGUCGGAUCGGCCCUGGCCAUGCCCGUCGUGCCCGAGCCGAUCCUGGCCGCCUGGAGUGUGCAUGAGGCCAUGGUGGGCCUGCAGUACCUCGUCGCGCUCACCACCUGCUGGUCGGGCCUGGGCUACGUCCUGUCCAAAGAUACGGUCAAGAUCCUCCACCGCGGCGAGUCCGGCCGGCCUCGAUGA